UCACCACCUGAAACAACAACAAGAUUAGUAGGAAGACAGAAAGAGAGAGAGAGAGACACGGAGGACAUCAGGAAAAAAAUCACAGCAUUGAGAAAGAAUUAGAUGAGUUGAACAAACCAAAUGUGCAUCCCAGAUUGUAGAGUGGAACGCAAUCUGAUCUGUGACACUAGUUGAAUUUCAAGUUGUUAUAACUUCAAAAACAUCACUUUUUCCUAUCUGUUGCAAUCAUAAAACCUUUAAAAAACCAAAACAUUUUACCAACGUGAGACAAUAAAAAUUAGCCAUGCUGCAAAAAAUUGACAAGCCACCUAAAAGGGUUUAUAAUUGCCUAUAAAUGCCGCAAGAUGGUGGCAAGGGACUACUUUUGUUUAAAUGAAGCUCUUCAAUACACUUCAAAUUGUUUACUUUGCACCAAGAUGCCACCAGAUGGCGCCAAAUAAAUACUGUUGUGUUUGUUUUGGGGUGAGUACAAUAUAAUGUAAAUAAUAACAGUUUUUGCCACAGUGUUUGCUUCACUUCAAUGGGCAUUGUGCUGCUCCUUUUGAUAUGCUCAUCUUGGCCACCUGGGGGCAGUAUAAAACAGACAGAGGGACACUCACGAAGAGUUUCAUAACUGACUCAGUAAACUGCAGUAAUACAGUAUUAGUCAUGUUUCGCAGAGGAGAAAGAACCUAUGCCUGUGAGCGUUGUUAUAUUGUUUGUCUACAUGUGUUGCUCCAACAUCUAUGUUCAAAUAUUCGUUGCUAACGGGGUUAGAAAACCGCGACACCAGUGCUACCUGUUAGCCUGUCUACAGUGUUUUUCAUAGUUUGUUAGCAUUAAGCUAAAUGGACUUCUGGUGAGAAAAACCUAUGUGGUUGUUUUAAAUAUGCAAUGUUGUAACUAGUCUUUGUUUUGUGUUGAGUUUGACAAGGCACCACCGUUUCCAGAAAAGUUAACCAUUGUAAAACUACUCAUCCUACAGACAUUUAACGGAGAACGUAAGGUGUGGAUUGUACUGAGAAGGUUGACCCUUAACUAUGUUGCAAUAAGGUAAAAUUAAGGGUAAAAGGUUCAAAUUUGAAUUUUGAGCUUCCACUUAGUCUCUGCUAAAAUUUGUUUACCCUCCCUUUUCUGUCUUCCAUUUUUGUUUAUUUGGAGGAGAAGCUCCAAGAAGGACUAUUGCGUCACAUCAAAUACAGUACACGCAUACAUGGGAGUUAAUAUAUGGAUGUUACUUAGAGCAAAGUACAAACAUGCAAGUGAGACACUCAAACUUACUUUGCACAGGUCCACGUUGUAGUUCCUCGUUCUUGUGUUUCAGCCUUAUGGACUGUGAGUGUAUGUUUGUGGCUGAAGUUCCAUCAUGCUCUCUAAACAGUCAGUCCCUCCCUCUCCUCCUCCCACUCAUCAUAGAGCUGUGAUAUAAACCAAUCCAACCUCUCCUUGCACUCCUGACCACUUUUUAGCCAUUUUUGGCCACUUUGUGCCUCUCUUUUAAUGUUGCUUCUUGGGAAUCAGGUGAAUUUCCGCCAGGCUUCAUGAGGAAUCCGGUUAAAUAUUACCACGGAGAGCUCCAAUGAUGGAAGGAGGCCAAAUGGUGUGGGGAGCGUUCGUGCUCUUGUCACUGUGUAAUUGCUGUCCACACACACACAACAUCUGGUAGUGGGAGUGGAGACAAGUGAGCGUCAUUUAAUGCAUUUGGGCGGGUGUGGGAGGGGGGAGUAAGCACUGGGACUUGCUCAUCUGGUUUGCAUGUGGACCAAGACCCACAGGGCAAGAGGGGACAGGAGGAGGAGGUCCCAAGAAGCUCACUGUCAAUCAUGAAUGAGGGAAAAAUUGGACCAGCAGUUGCGCUUGCGGAAAAAAAACAAGCUCUGCCAUUAACAAAACGAGAGCAUCUAAGACCCCCCUCAAAUGUUUUUACAGCGGUACCUUGAUUUGGGAUGGAUCAUGAAGUAGACGCGAACACCAGUUUCAAGUAUUAGAGCCCGGCAAUGGAGGAUGACAGUGAUCCGUCGCCUGGUUUCGAACCUCUCUUCAUCCAAGAAGAGAACGGGGAUCCCGAGAGCAGCUGGUCCACUCUCUCUUUUACAAGGACGCGCUUCAGUCAGUCGUCUUUAAUGGGGCCGUACUUGCAGGAGAUGGACGACUUACUGAAGAGCUGCGAGGAGCUCACCGUUAUCCCGCUCGAGCGAAACCCAGAAGAGAUGCUUGGGGAACAAGAAACAUCGCCGUAUUUUUCCACAAGCUGUACUGGGAACACGAUGGAGACGACAGAAAAGUGUGUUCAACACCAGUCCCAAGAAGACAUGCCUAUCACUUUGGCGGGUAACAAACUGAGUGACACCAUGGUCCGGUACGAGGGUCAAUUGAUGGGUAUGUUGACCAUGCUGGAGAGCUGCAUGGAAGAGGCCGACAACAAUUUCGAGGCGAGCCAAGAGUAUGUGCAUGUGGACAAAGGCAAGAACCUGCUGUCAGAAAGCCAGAGCAAUGGUCAACAGGAGUGUAAAGCCACUACAGAUAUUUACAGUAAUGAUUCUUCAAUGGAUAUGUCUGAAUCAGACUUUCACGUCCAACAAUUGAAGUAUUCCGGAGUGGAUGAUGUCAAUGGCAUGGAAUUUCAGACAGAAUCCUUAGCGAUAGAUACCAGUGAUAUGAGUUUUGGAGUGGAUGGAUUCGAGGAACUGAAGUCUCAGAUGGAGGAGUGCAUCGAGGAGCUACAGCGCUUAGAGAGGAGGAGGAAGGAUUUACUGGCUGAGGUACUGCAGCUGAGGUGGCAGAAAGCCCAAGAAGAAGAAGAAGAAGCAGAGGCUAACGUUUCAAGCAAAGUCACCAAGUUGAUGGCGGUGCUAAAAAAAGAGGAGGAGGAUCGGAGAGAGGAGAGGAAGAGGGAAGUGCAGAGCCUCAGGUCGGAACGGGCCGAAGAGGAACGGCGAGUGUGGAGGGCGGAAAUGGCGAGGCAGGAGUUGCAAGAUGAGAUGCGGAAACUGAAGAGGCAACUGUUCGCCAGGGCUAGGGAGAACGUGCACACCCAGGCGGCCCUCAACAAGAGACGCCAUGAAAUGGAUCUUCAGAAGAGAGAGGAGGAGAACCUUCAGACCUUGUUUCUGCAAAUGAUGGAGGAGAACUCCCAGCUCAGGUCGGCCCACCAGCAACAUCUCCAAGACCUCCAAGAGAAGCUUUGCAUUCACAGCACCAGCCACACCUGCAACGCGAUGCAGGAGGAUAUGUCUAAGAGGAACUCCUGCAGCGACGUCCAGCAAUACCUGCAGGGCAGCCUGAAAGCUCUCGAGAACAGGUAUGAGCCCAUGUUGCUGGCCCUGCAGAAGAGAAAAGAGACAACAACGGGGGGUUUGGCUAAAGCCAAAGAGCAGACCCGGGACCUGAAGGCCCAGCUGGAACCCCUGCGGGAGGAAAUGCAUACGCAGGUGCUGCAAAGGGCUCGCUUGGAGGAGAAACUUAAACUUGUUCACAUACAGAGGAGGGAAGAUACCGGACACUACGAGGAGAGCAUCCGUUGUCUUGAGCGAAGUAGUCGAGAGCUGAAGAUGGAGUUGACGCUGCAGAAAAGAAAAAACAAAGAGGCAGCGGAGUUGAGAGACUGUCUUUCCAAGCAAAUCCUCCUUUAUAGGUGUGCUACUGGGGACCACCAGAAGUCUGAAGACCAAGAGGGAAAAUGAUUUACGCGGCUCUAGAUGAGUCUUUUUGAUAUGUAGAAGAAAAUAGAAAGCACUUUACACAUGUUUUUGCAUUGUUUCUAAAGGUAGUUUGGAGAAAUUUUCUUUUGUAUACAAACACACACGCAAGCAAUGCCCUAAAGCGGUUGACAAUGAGUUAAUGGGCCUUUUAGUCUACAAAGUGAGUGUUAUUUUGUAUAGGAGACAUAUGCAUACAUUUCACUAUUUAAAACAGUUUCCAAGUGUCUUAAUAACAUAUUUUACAGUGGCACCUUGACUUCUGAGUUGAAUUCUUUCCAUGAGCAAGUGUGCGAUUAAAUUAAUUACAACAAAACAAUUUUCCCCAUUGAAAUGCCAUCAAUCUCUUCCAGACGCCCCCAAAACACAAAACAUUUUUUUACAAAAUCACUCUGCAUAAAAAAUAUCAUGUGAUAAUAUUGCAUUUAUAAUAUGUAAUAAAAUGUAAUAUGUAUAAUAUUUUUUUCUCUUUGAUUUUUCCUUUUUUUUUUCAUUUUCGAAAACCCGUUUUCUUUGCAUUUUUCACCUUGCUUUCUUCACUUUCAGCAACUUUUCCAUCUUUCAUGGAGGUCUGGAGCUUGGAAAUUAUUUUAACACCCUUAACUGGUGUUAUAGCCUUUAUCCACUCCUUCUGUCAAGUACUACCAAGUCGACUACACCUCACUCAUAUUUGUCACUGCUUUCAAGGUUUAAUUUAAUGGACAUUAUCCACUUCUAAGUACAGUACACACUUUCUCAGGAUCCAUGGUAAGUGUUACAAAUUGCACAAACAAUGUGAGCACAAAACACAACAGAUACCUGUACUUUCACUGUGAGGUAAACAUUAAGUUUGGGCACUCAUAAGUGAAGGUAUCACUGUAUUAUAUAUCUUGUUUUGCUGAAAUCUGCCACGUUUUAGGUCCCUGUGUCGUGCAAAUGAGCCAGCCCACAUCCAAUGGCAAGUCUGAAUUUUGUUAACAAGGCAACCAGGUGUGAAGCCUGAGUUUUGCGAAUAUGGAGGCUUCGUCUUGAGUGCGCGCUGCAGCCGGCUGCUUGCUUCUACUUGCAGAAGUAGACCCAAGAGUGUGGGCUCAUGGAGUCAGCGGUUCAUACACUAUAUUGUGUGUAUGCCCAAAGUGCAGAUCAACUUGUUCACAGACACAUUUUCUAUAACAAGGAAGCUAACCAAAGUUAUACUUGUUUUUUUCAAUGUUAUUUUACACCUGAUGGGCUGGCAAGCGCUGCAGAGACACAACUAUUUGUAUACAUGCAAUUAAAAAGUACAUUUUCCAUAAUAUGUUCCCUUUAAUCACCUGCACACAUGAAAUCCAAGUUAUUUGAGCACGCUCUAGCACAUACUUACUCACAGCUCGCAUUUCUUUAUGGUGUUUGUAUCCUUCCCAGCUCUACUUUACACUGCUCCUUCUGAGGGUAUUUGCUUUGUAUCACUGGUGACUGUUACACAAACAAGAUACUACACGUGUUUGAAUACUGUGUGACACCCUCAGAUGUUGUGACAUGGUCAAGAAAAUGUUUGGGCUGAAAGGGUGGCCAGUGGUUCAUCCUAGAAAUUAAUGCAUGGCGCCAACAUUUUCACCUUUUUGUUAUCACGUUAUCGUUGUUAUUCAAUGU